AUGUCGGACGCCGGUCGAGAAACUCCCGUGGAAUUGAAGCCCCUUCCAGAUACCCAGAGCAGGCAGCACCUCUCAGGCCUUGACACUCCCACGAACCAACAGUACCUGCCCUCGCCUUCGCCUCCAGUACAUGAUGGCAUGAACGAUAGCAACUACUUCAGCGGUCCCCGUGAUCUCCGCGGCCAUUCCAAAUGGCCACUCAUCCUUCAACUCCACGGAUCAAUCAUGCCAUCGCUCAUCAUCCCUCUCUUCCUGGUCGCCUGCUGGUCCACUCUGAUCACAGUCAUCUCAAAGAAGGUUCACGAUCUCAGCGUCAACUCCGUUCUUCUUACCAUCCUCGGUUUCGUCGUCGGUCUCAGUCUCUCCUUUCGUUCAUCAACUGCCUACGAACGCUAUGCCGAGGGUCGCAGAUACUGGGGCAUGUUAGCCACGGCGUCGCAAACCCUCGGACGAAUUAUCUGGAUUCAUGCUUCAGAUACCGGUGCUGAUGGUCAAGAUACUCGUGAGCUGCUUGUAAAGAAGCUUGGGGCUUUGAAGCUCAUCGCUGGAUUUGCUGUUGCGCUUAAGCAUACUCUUCGCUUCGAACAUUGUGCAAGUCAACCGGAUAUGCAGCCAUAUAUCGCCCAUCUUGAUACAUUCUCUGGACGCACUACCACAAUGCCAAAGCGAAGACUUACGAACUUCAAACAGGUGGCUGGUGAGUAUCUCGGUCUCUCCUUUGCGCAGAGUGAUCCACGCAAGCACCUCAAGAGAGCCGAAGAGCAUCAGGGCAACCUCCCCCUUGAGAUACUGAAUCAUCUGGCUAUUACUAUCGACUGCCUCGUCGCAAAUAAGCAGCUAGCCGUCGCCAUCCACCAAACUGUCGCAUAUAAUCACAUUACUAUGCUCAACGAUGUCGCCGUCGGUUGCGAUCGAGUACUUAAUACUCCCUUGCCUAUUGCAUACACCAUCGCCAUCAGUCAAAUCACUUUCGUCUACGUCAUGCUAUUGCCGUUUCAAUUGACGGGACCCCUUGGCUGGAUAGCUAUCCCGGCUACCAUCACUGCAGCCUACAUCAUCUUCGGUCUGUUGUUCAUUGGACAAGAGAUCGAGAAUCCAUUUGGUCGUGAUGUCAACGACCUGCCGCUUGAGACCUUCUGCGAUCAGAUUGCAACCGACCUUGACAUCACCGCUUCGUUUGAUCGCCGUGGGGCUGACCACUUUUUGCUUAAUGGAACGCCGCUGUAUCCUGUCAGUGGUGCCUCGGGUAAUGCUUGGAUGGAUAGCAGUGAGGAGAAGAUGAGGGAGGCUAUCAAGACUAAACCUCAUGUUCUUUUCACCUGGAGACGUCAGAGGACUCGUGGCAAUACCAGUAAGGAGAUGGAUGCAAACAUUGUGUAG